UCUUUUUUUAUUUUAUUUUAUAAAUGUGGCUUGCAAAAUGUCAGCACAUCUCACACUAAACAAAUGAGGAACGCACCCCCACGCUCUGGUGGUGUCUCUCUUUAAAUCCUCCGUGCGGAAACAACAUCCUCGUCCUCGGUUAGCGCCCGCUGGCUGUCAUUCGUCCGAGGCGAGCCAGCCGGUGCUAUCGUGGCGCUGGCAGAGUGGAGCAGCGAGAGCCGCAUGUAAAUGAACACCUUCUGCCUCCGUGUUGUUGUCACCUGAGGAUCCAGAGGGGCACACUGACCGUCUCGUCCCCGUCAUCGGCGAGCUGACCUUAAACGUCUCGUGUGGAGAUAUACAUAAAAAAUAUAAAAAAGAAGAAGAAGGUUAAACUGCACUACUUUGGAGCAAACGCUGUCCGCUAAUCUCUUCCGUGCGGCGCCGCCGUUUCUCACCACAACACGGAGAGUGCCUCUCUGCCGACCCCUGCUGACCAUGCGGAGUGUGUGUGCGGUGGUCCUGGCGCUCGCCGCUGCCGCCCUCAGCUCGGCCGACUCAGACACGCACAGACUGAGACAUGACUCCAACCUGGAGAUCUACAAGCGGCUGUUUGAGACUAAGAGGAAAGAUCAACUCAACGCCCUCAAGAAUCUGGUCGAGCUGAACGACAUCAACCAGCAGUACAAGAUCAUAGACAUCAUGCUCAAAGGACUCUUCAAGGUGUUGGAGGACUCGAGACAAAUCCUGGUUGCGGCCAACAUGCAGCCUGAUGACCCCUUCCCAAUGGACGAUAAGAUCAAAGAAGCUUAUUCCCAUGUGGUGGAGAACACAGCAUUUUUUGGCGACGUGGCGUUGCGUUUCCCACGUAUCGUCCACCACUACUACGACCGGAACAAUGACUGGGACGGUCUGCUGCGCUGGGGGCUGAAUUUCUGUAACCAGACGGGGGUUUUCACCGGAGGAGCCCACCAACAUGUCCUCACACUUAUGUCACAGGAGCUGGGAAUAAUGGAGAAAUCCCCAGACUUUAUAAACCCAUACCGCACAGAGAGAGACGAUGUGCUUCACACUGCCGAGGCUUUCCAGAAGAUCCUGAGGGAGGAAGAGAAGAGGAGGAGGAAAGAAGAGAAAAGGAAAGAAAUCAGGAAAGGUCCUCGCAUCUCCCGCUCCCGCACCGAGCUAUAGCGCUACAGCGCGGCGCAUGUGGAGAGCAGAGAAGAGGGUCAAGGAGCACACGCACAGUCCACAAGUGGUGGCUUGACUUGUAGACUCCUGUCGACAGUGAAGGAAAUAAAAGCUGUCCUCACAAAAGCCAGGUGCUCUGUUGAAAACAAGAGAGGGAACCCUCAAGGUGACACAAAAAGGGGAUAGUGGAGGUUAGUCAGUUUCUGGCUUGAAUCGCUGUACAUCUACAGUGAUUCAUAAUUGGAAAAUCUAACGUAUAGGAGGUAAAAGAUGUCUCUGGAAUAGGAGUUGAUAAGGGAAACUCAUUUUUGAUAACCUGAGGGUAACAACACUGUACUUUGGAAUAUAAUUCAUAUUAGUAUAAUCUUU